AUGUGGGCGACGAUAUUCAGAAAACGGGCUGUGGAUGAACAAUUUUUGAGACAUUCUGAAUGGGCCAGAAGAUUGGGAAUUCCACUCGUUUUAUCGCUGGGUACGUUGUUUUUUCAUUAAUUUUGAACGUUUUCUGCAGAAAACUGAAAAGUGGUCUGAAAAAUCAGAGAGGAUGAUAAAAAUUAUGAAAAAUUUCUGGUUUCUCAUUUUUUAAACUACAAUUUAAUUAAUUAAUUCCGAGAAUUCGGAAAAAUUUGAAACUGUUUCGUGGGAUUUGAUGGAAUUUUUUUAAAGUUCAGAACUUCAGGGUUAAUUUUCCCAUCGACUUUUUUUGUUGCUCUUUGAACGUUUUCUGAAAAAAAAACCUGAAAUUGGUAUAGAAAUAUGUGUGGGAAUAUAAGUUCUAAAAAACCUGCCACGUCAUAGUUGAAUUUCAGCAUCGAUAAAAUCAAUCUCCCUUCUGCUCUUCAUCAUCCUCCCACUUAGCCUAACUCAACUCGCCGGACCAUCAACUGUUUUUGCACUAAUCUUCACAUUUUUUGUGGUUUUUCUAGCAGGUUAAAAUAUUUCCAAAAUUUCUAGCAUUCGAAUAAAUCUGAAAUUUUGCAGCCAAUCAUCAAUCCGAACUAUCAUGUGCAAUGCCAAAAAACUGUGUACAAUAUCAUUUUGCGUUUUCACUUUUCGGCGAAUUUCCCGCAUUUUUGAUUGCGUGGUUCAGUUUGGCGGAUUAUAUUGUGCAAGCUGCGUUAUUCUGUCGAUCUUGGGCACAACAUUUUAAUGCAUUAUUUCGGGGUCUUCCCGCGAAAUCGUUGACUUUUCAAUUAUUUUCGGAGGAUUCGGAGAUUCUGAGUUCGAAAUAUGAUUGGUUAUGUGUGCUUGCGGCGGUGAUGACAUUUACUCUGCUUCUCUGCAGUCUACGGGUAAGUAUGAUCUCUAACAUCAACAGUCUCGGUAUAUCUGCCUAGCUUCUCUAACCUCUCUAGCCUCUCUAGUUUCUCUGAUUCUCUUAUUUUUCAGAUGCUCUAUUUUUCUUCUCUAACUUCCUGUCUAGUUCAAAAAUUAUUCUCCCUAAUAUUUUAAAUUAUUCAUUUUUAAUAUUUAGUUUCACAUACAUUUUUGUAGUCUCAGAAAUUCUGAUGAAAAAUCUGAUGCGUGAGAAAGGCUUGAAUAAUUAUUCGUUGAAUUUUUUUUGAACUGAACUUUGUCUCUACCCUUCCUCUAGCUUCUCUAACUCUCUCACUCCUUCCCACUAUCUCUCUCUCAUUUUCCAGGUCGUCGGCACUAUCUGCGUCUCUCUUCUCAUCGUCACAAUGCUCAUCGCUUCCUCUUGUUCACUGGUAGCCUUUUUCCAUCUUGAUCCAGAAAACUGGCUCAACGCCAACUUUUUUGGUUUCGGAUUGAAAGGAGUACUGUAUUCGAUUUGUGCUUUGACCGCAUGUUAUACUGGAGUUGAAAGCACAUCGUGUUUAUUGGAAGAGACUAAGAAUCCAAGGAAGAGAAUUACUUCGGUCCUCAAUUUUUUGGUAGUUUCGCUGACGAUUGUAUUUUUUGUAUUGGCAUUGGUUUUCAGGUGAGACAACAUUUGAAGUGAUUUUGAAGUUGUGUCCAAAAGUUUUGAACCGGAAUCUUGAAAACUAAAUUUCGAGAGAUUUUCGAAAAAAAAUCAAAAGAUCACAAAAUGAACAGUUUCAGAGAAAUGUGUUUUCCAAGUUCUGACAUCUGAAACCUGAAAAUGAAAGAAAAACUGCAUUAAAGGGUUGGUCCUGCUAUAGGAAAACUUAGGCUCAAUCGAUAGAGCUAAGGUGCUCCUGAAACAUUCCAUAUUUUAUUUUGAUUUUAGAGCGAGUUUUCACCAUUUUAUUAAUGUUUUUGUUGGGUUUUAAGGUUUUAGUGCAUAUAAAAAACAUGUGUGCUCUUGACACACAUAAUUUAUUUGUGUGUACUUCUCGCGAAAUGCAUUUCCUAACAUUUUUCAACUAUGGAAAGUGAUUUUAAUCAACUUUAGGCUUGCUUAUAGUUAGUUUUAAAAAGUGACGCACUAUUGCGGACUUGUUUUCUCGUGUAGCAGGACCAACCCUUUAAAAGUCCCACUCCAAUCCUAAAGUUCAAAACUCAAACUUCAAUACGUGAAAGUUCAGCAAAAUGAUCCAAACAAUACAAAAAUCCAGAUUAUCCUUUAUCCUUCAGAAAAAUAACCAAAUCUCGGAUUAGCUAAAUUAUCUUUCCUAGUAAUGUAUAGAUUUGGGAGCACUCAUGAUUCAUCAAGUAAAUCUUUAGGGGUCAUCUCGAAUUUCUCAAUUUUUCAGCCUUUCCACAAAUGUUGCUCAACUUGAUGACAAUAUUUUGAUCCCUGAAGUAUUCACAAUUUUGAAUAUCCCAGCUGCACGGUAAGUUAUGUUAUGUUUUUUCAUUCCUAUUCUAUUCUCUUUUUUUUUGUUGAGUACUCUCAAAGUCCUAAGUUAGGCUAACUGUAAGCCUAAGUGUCCACAUUCUAUCUUUAUUUUCCAUUUCCUUGUUUCUGUGUGUUUUCAUCGGGAAUCGAAUCCAGUGAAUCCUUGUAGGUCACCAAGAUUAGUGCUCAAAAGAUUCCCGAUGAUUCACACCACAUCUACAACCACUACCUACACAAUCACCAACACCACCUUCACCAAUCACUUCAGAUCACAUCACGAGUCGGGCUUUCAACGAAUGCGGUUUGUUGCAAAUUGAGUUGUUUUGAGAGCAUAAUAAGCUUCUACCUGAUUUUUUGGGAACUCUUUUAGUUUAUUUUGAUUUUGAUUAUGAAUCCUGGGUUGCGCAGCAUUCGAACAGCGUUUCUCAAAAAAGAAAAUUUGAGAUUUUUUUUAGAUACAUGCUUUCGGUUUGCUCAGUUUGCGCGUUAUCUGGCGGAGUUUUGGCGAGUUUCUUGCCAGCCACACGAGUUAUUGCGGCGUUGAGUCACGACAAAUUGCUACCGUAUGCUAAGGAUAAAUCGACAAAGUCACCGUAUUUCGCUGUGUUCUUGUGUACAGUUCUUGUUUCGAUGACAACCAUUUUUCAAACAAGAGUGCUGACUGAUUUUGUGAUUUUUUGUGCCCCGAUUAAGUUGAUGAUCACGGUGAGUAGAUAGGGAAAAUUGACUCGGAAAUUUGGAAUCAAGACGCAACAUAACCUUCACAAUUUUCUAGAUCAUCCUAACCUAUUUCCAACAUUAUCUUCCUGAACCAAUUGGAAUUCCUGAAGAAACAAGCAGUUAUAAAUCGAUCGGUAAAAAACGAGUUCGAGUCAGAAUCGAUGAUGGAGUCUCAAUUGAGGAGAGUAUUCGAUCUGAUGAUGAAUCAAUGGUCAGCAGAUCAACUUUUGAUACAACUGCUUUUCUUUAUCUCAAGGCUACUCGAAUGGAAACUGAUAGACUUCAGAAGAAGCUUGAGCGUCAACAAGAAAGACAAAACUUUCUGCCGAAAUCUGUUUCACAAUAUCAUUCAAUACCAACAACAUCGAAACAUUUGCAUAAUUGUGUGGCUGAACAAUGUGUUGAUAGAGGAGCAGAUGAGGAUAACUCGCUGGGUUCGGAUGAUAUUCAUCUUUUCACAUCGGAAGAUCAGGAAGUCCCAUUCUUCACUGAUAAUAAUUGUGUUCAUCGAGGAAAUACGCCGAGUUUGAUGGUUUCUAGUUCAACUUAUCGGAAAGCAAGGAUUCUUCUGAUUUUGUUUAUGGUAUGCACUUCAGUGGCAUCAGUGUAUAUUCGAGUAUUCGCAAGAUCCGAUGAAACAUCUUUUGCAUAUAUUUUUUCGGGAGUAUUUCUAAUUGUUAUUGUUUUGGUAGCGAUUUCAAUCUGCAAACUUCAAACCAAUGAUUAUUUGCACAAAAGAACUUCUCGAGUUCCUCUAUUUCCCAUGGUUUCUCUGGUAUCUCUAUUCCUUCUCACUGUCUCGCUUUUCGGUUCGAUACCCAUUGAAACCGUCAAACAUCUCGGUUUCAUCAUUCUCAUUGGUGUGCUCAAUUAUGCAUUAUAUGGCUAUCGUCACAGCUCACAGCGGAAUCGGCGGUGUGUUGUAAUUCAAAAUCAGUGUUCGAGGUCAGAAACAAGGGAUGAGCAAUAUUUUCCGAUUAUUGGAGAUGAUAAUUCUUCGCAAAUGUGA